AUGGCUUUCUACUACGAACCCCUGUCUCUCAUUCUUGCAACCCUCCUCCUCCUCCUCUCUAAUUCCUUCACUACCAUUUCCCUGAUUUCUUUGAGUCAAGCAAUCAAUAAUGGUGGCGUAACCCUUGAUUUAAUCCACCGCGACUCCCCUCUUUCGCCUUCCUACGACCCCUCCACCACCCGUUUUGAGCGUUUGAGGACUUCGUUUCAUCGCUCCAUUUCACGCCAAUCUUCUCUUAAGUCAACUUCUUUUAAGUCAGCCUCAAAGUCACCAGACUCAUUCGAGGCUACCCUAACUCCCAUUGGUGGGGAAUACCUAAUGAAAAUCAAUAUCGGGACCCCACCAAUUGAAAUACUAGCAAUUGUUGAUACGGGCAGCGAUUUGACGUGGACGCAGUGUGUGCCUUGCACACAAUGCUACAAGCAAAAUGCCCCACUUUUCAACCCCACAAAAACCACAACUUAUAGAACUGUCUCAUGCACAUCCCAACAAUGCCAAUCACUCGGACCAGAUAGUUCAUCCUGCGAUAAAUCAAAUAGUUGUCUCUACCAAGUUAGUUAUGGGGACAGUUCCUACAGCAAUGGUGACUUAGCUGUGGAAACGUUCACUUUUGAUUCUUCCACUUCCAAAGAAAGUGUGGUAUUCCCUAAGAUUGUGUUUGGUUGCGGGCAUAACAACGGCGGGACUUUCAACGAGACGGGCUCUGGGAUCGUUGGCCUUGGUGGUGGCGCCGUUUCAAUAGUGAGACAACUAGAGACGACCAUCGGUGGAAAAUUCUCAUACUGUCUCACGACCCUGGAUUCGAAAUCUUCUAGCAAGAUUAGUUUUGGACCUAAUGCUAUCGUGACGGGGCCUAACCUCUCGUCUACCCCUCUAGUACAGAAAUCCCCCGAUACGUUCUAUUAUCUCACAUUAGAGGGUGUUAGUGUUGGGAAUGAGGCUUUGGCAUACAAUUACAUUCCCAACUCCAAUUCCAAGGCAUCGGUCGAAGAAGGCAACAUAAUCAUCGACUCUGGAACAACAUUGACGUUCCUUCCUAGUUCUCUUUAUGAAGGAUUGGAAUCCACAUUGGAGAAAUCGAUUACUGGUAGGCGUGUGUCUGAUCCUCAAGGGUUGUUUGGGUUGUGUUAUGAGCUACCUAGCAAUGGAGAAUUCAAUGCCCCAUCUAUAAUAGCACAUUUCACAGGAGCUGAUGUGAAGUUAACACAAGAAAGCACCUUUAUAGAGGUAGAGAAAGGGGUGGUAUGUCUGACUUUUGUGCCCUCACAAGAUCUGGCCAUUUUUGGUAACUUACAUCAGAUGAAUUUUCUAAUUGGAUAUGAUCUUGAGAAUCAGAAGGUGGACUUCUUGCCAACUGAUUGCAGCAAGACCCAUUGA